UUCCCAUCCCAUUGCACAUGGGGCUUUCAUUGGAGGAUGUAGCUGCUUCAUCGUUUCAGAUGCCGCCAGGCUGGGCAGCGGCAUCGGAUAGCCGCCAUCCACAGCAAAUGUAACCGGGAGGUAGGCAGGUACUGUCGUUUGGAACUAUCGUGCGCCGUUGUGCUCUCAUGAGAGUAGAAAUGCUAUAUGUACCCCCCGAACCCCAUCCUUUCCUCCUCUACGCACCUAGGCAGGCUCAACGGGAACGUUUGACCUAGAUCACAAGCGGAUAACCAGUUCUUCAUCACAACAUCAUGAAUAGUCAGCAAAGUGGACUGCUUCCUUCAGAUGCCACUACAAACGCAUUCACGUCGAGCGAAUUCGCCCAAGGACUCCUAAGGGUCCACGCUGUACAUACUGCAAGAGAACAUUCCCAGGUGUCCUCGGGCAACACAAAUCCUUUCACGCGAGCUGAACUCCGGCAAAGGCUCGGAAGUGAGUCUACAGGUCCAGAGAACGACACUUCGAAAGAAUAUGAUCGACCAACCCAAUGGCCUAACGUCAGGAUCAUACUAUAUCCAUCUCCACGCAAGCCCAUGUCUAUCAAGGUCACUCCUCAGGGCAGCUCCAAUACAUCCUCUCAACAACCCGUUAUCCUCGAUGCCGCCGCGGGGCCUGACGGUCCUGCGGUCAGUAAGCUCGCCGUUGAGCAGUCGGGGCGUGAUAUGGGCUUUCAUAUCCUCGUCGAUUCCGUAUGCAGACAGUCCAUGAAUCCGCGGAUGAUCACGUUAGGCGACGCGCUCAACCUCAACCUCUACUGCGAUCCCGGCGGAGACCGCAUAGUCAUCAUUAAUAUGCAUGCGGACUCUAUCAUACUGGAGAGGUUUGCCGGUCAGCAGGAUAAUGUUUCGGCAAUUACACGAUCAGUGAUAGAACUCAAGCCAAGCACGCCGACGUUCCUGGACCCUGGACUGUGGUCCGUCUUUGCAACAGCAGAGGAGCUGCACAUCUUGAAACUUUCUAUCCUUCCGCGCCAGUAUGUCUCCGUCACGGCGGUCGAGGCACACACUCGGAGGCGACAGAGUUCGAAAAGGGUGCUCGAGGCGUCUCAACCAAUGAAGCCGGUCAAGAAAGGGAAGCUGGAGGAGUCCAGCCUCAAGCCUGGGGGUACCAUUGCCUUCCAGGCGGCUCCCGCCUCUGACGACGUGGGUGUUGUCGCUGUGCGAGGAGCAGUCGAGAAGCCGUGCUGGAUCGCUUCAAGUGUCCGUCACCCGUUGGAGCAGCUAGAACCCGGCGCAAAAGCCAAUAUCACCGACCACCGAGAAAACUACACUCUAACGUACUGCGAAACCAUCAUGCUCAUGAAGAACUCGCUGGUCUUCAAAGCUGAGCACUCACGUGUGCCCGGGGUUGCUGUUGUGAAGGUGCUCCGAACGCCAUCGUACCCGGUGUCGUCAGGCAUGCCUGACGAGUCAGCUCCCAAGAUCGUUCACUCAUCGGAGAUGUGGCUUAAGGAGGUCAAAAAUCAUUCCAAGCUCUCUCAGCAUACGGCCAUCGUGAGCCUCUAUGGCGCCGAUGCUAGGUUCUUGUCUCUCUAUAUGGAGCAUGUGGAUGCGCCGAAUCUAGCCUCCUACCGCCUGCAUUGCGGGAACUGCACGCUGGGCGUCGAUGAAGCUAAGCGAAUCCUUGCUGAUAUGUCUUCUGCGAUUUCCUACGUCCACAGCCAGAGCAUCGUGCACAACGACAUCAAGCCAGCGAACAUUCUGUUCAACUGCACCCGCGGUGCUGUUCUCAUCGAUUUCGGCUUAUCGUCCGGGUUGAAGGAUAGUACCGUAUACGUUGGUGGUUCACCCUGGUACGUCCCCCUCGAAUACGCCAUUAACGGUAAGAGGGGGGGGCCUGGCGACGUCUUUGCCUUGGGAGUUGUGAUGCUUUUUGUCCUCCGAAAAAUCCCCCUCCCAGACUUGCGGCCCCAACUGAACUGGAUGAUUGCGGAUGUGCGGAAAGGCGGAGUGAGGAACGCGGCGUGGGACACUAUGUUUCAGUGGCUGGGAAUUGUAGAGAAAGCAUCCCGAAGUUCAGGUGGCCUUCAACACGCCCCGCUAGCGGCAUUGGUCAGAGAAAUGCUCAUCACCGUCUCGAAGAGGAUCAGCGUUAGCGAGCUACUCCAGCGUCAAGGCUUGGAAUAACGAGGCAUAUAUCAAUACAC